AUGAAUAGUGAUCUGAGCGAUGUAAUGUCAGAUGAGGGCUCGGAUAUUUCUGAGCCUAGAAGUGAGGGUGAAGAUGACGUGGCGUAUAACGAUGAUGAUGACGAUGAAGAAUAUGUUGAACCACCCGAAUACAAGUCAAGCGAAAUCAAAAGUGGUCAGCGAAUGAAAUCUAAAGCUAAGCCCAGAUCCUAUAAUGUGUCAGGAAAUAAUCGAACAAGGAAAAGAGAGCAAGAUCAAGCGUCAUUUGUCGACGAAGAAGACGUGAUUCGUCCCAAGAGAAGACAUGUUAUAGCUGCUACAAUAUCUGCGGAUGAUGAAGAAUUAGAAGCAGACGAGAUGUCUCUUGACGAGGAACUAGACGAUGAUGUUGAAGGGGAAAGAGAUGACAACAUUGGUACUGGAGUGUCAAAAGCUCAGAGCGAGGAACUUGAAGUAGAGACACCAGAGGAGGAUAUUGCUGGAACGGAUACAAUGCCGGAGGAUGGAGAUAAAGAGGACACAACAGAGCUGCUGAAGCCUACAAGAAGUAAGAUGUUACUGAAUCUUCUAGGUGAUGGAAGCUCUAGGAAAAGUCUCACAGAGGAGGAAAGUCAAUUGCGCAGGGCAGAAAAUGCCCGCAAACGUAAGAAUCUCAGUGAGAAGAGAUCCGAGGAAGAGAAACAAGAAACUAUCAACAAGUUAUUGAGGAGACGUGCUGGUAAGUCAAGAAGUCAUAUUCCAAACGAUGAUGAAGAUGUUGGGAAUGACGCAGCUCCAUUCAGCAAACCAAGGCGACCAUACAAUUCCUUUGGGCAUUCUAGGACAAUAAGACAGUACAAUACAGACUUAUACUGUGCUGUUGAACCGUCAAAUGAUGGCUAA